AUGGGCUACUUCCCUGGUUUUUUUGUGGUGAAAUUUGGGUCGAUUGAUGACCGAAAUGAAGUUCUUUAUGCUGGGCCUCAUAUCUUUUACAAUCGAUUUAUGAUUGUUAAACCCUGGACAGCAGACUUCAGUUGCAAGGAGGAAGUUCUGAAAAUCAUUCCCAUAUGGGUCAAGUUACCAAAUCUCCCAUUAAACUGCUGGAGUCCUGACUCUCUUAGUAGGAUUGGCAGUCUUUUAGGGGUGCCAUUAUAUGCUGAUGAAUGCACCUCAAAGCAACUGCGAAUUUCUUUUGCUCGCAUCUUAGUGGAAAUCGAUGUCACUAAGGAUAGAAAACAAUUCCUUAUGGUGGAGGAUGCUAAUGGUAUGACUAUUAAACAAGAUGUGAGAUAUGAUUGGUGGCCUCCCUUUUGCCAUAAAUGUCAAAAGAUUGGGCGUAAUUGUGGAGUUAGAUAUCAACACCACCAGCAGCAGAAUAAACCAAGAGUGGUGCAGAAAUGGAUUCCAAAGCAGACACAACCUACAAUUCCUACAGAGGUCAUUCCAGAAAAAUCAGUCACUGAAGAAAUGCAGCAACAGCCAACUGCAAUUCUAGAAAGGUGUUCAUCUAAUCCACCUAGUGCAAUUACUACUCCUAUUCAACCUAUUGUGCAUCAAUGGAAGAUGGUGACUAGGAAGAAUAGGGGAAAAGGGAUCAUUGUUCCAUGCUUUAGAAACAAUGAAGGCUUACUUCUUGAUGAAAAUGAUGAAGAACCAGGAAUUGGUGAGGAGAACACUGGCGAGAUAAAUGCGGGUGAAAACCCUUACUUGUCAUGA